CACUAAAAAUAUAUUAAUAAUGGUUUUUUUUUUGUAGUUUACCGAGAAAGAAAUUAUCGGUUCAAAGCGCUUUUGUUCGAGUCUAUGAAUAAUGCCUUGCCGUUUCUGUUUGGUCUUUUUCCUACUUUCCCUCACCCUCUUUAAUGGUAUACUCUGCUUCCAUGAGAUCUCCGUCAAUUAUCCAUUUCCCAGGAUAAUUUCAUAAAAUAAAAUUGGUACUGAAGAAUUAAUAAUCUUCUCUAAGUCCUGGACAAGGUUGAGUUUUCUCAUAAAAAAUUGUUUAUGUGGGGAGAAAAGAUUGGAUUUUUACCAGUUUUCCAGAGCUGCAAAAUGGAUGUAGGCCAAGGCAGCUCGAUUGAAGAAAUGAAGGAUUUACAGACCAACACUUCAUGGAUUCCAGCGACUCCAGGGAAGCCAGGGUUUGCGACAUUGCCACCAAUUAGCAAGAGUAGGCAGGAAAACCAGCCAGCUCAGGUUGAUUGGUCAGAGUUGCAGAUGAAAAAAGCAGCAGUGGCACAUGCUGCUGACGCCACAGCCGAAGCUCAAAAUGCAUCUGCUUACAAUGGUUCAACAAGUUCAGUAACAGUAGAUCAGUGCUUCGCCAGCUGGGAAGCAGCAGUAGGCACAAAAUCGGAAAUGUAUGGAGGUGGUAUAAAGAUGUGCAAUAACUUCUCUAGUGAUAACGUAGACAUGUGGACUAAUGUGUCUUUCGGAGAUCUCUUGGCGAUGGCACAUGCUGCUGGCACCACGCCCGCAGCUGAAAAUGCAAAAGAUGAUACAGCUUAUAGUGCCAGGAGUUAUUUCAAACCGCUCGUCAGUUCUCAGAGUGCAGAUGGAAGCUCUACUUUUCCCAGCUCCCCUUUCAACUUGAAUUCACCCCUAAGAAUGACGGAUGCAAUCUCGAGCAACAUCGCAUUCCAGUUCGAACCAGUAACACCAGAUCUGAUCAAGAGUAAAGGGCAAGCAUCUAAUGCGUCAAACCUAGACAUUAAUGUUACUACAUUACCAAGAGGUGUACAGUCAUAUGAAGAUACAAUAAAGAGAGCUGAAGCAAAUGAACUCCAACAGAGCAGAGAGCAGUCGGAGCUGGUCUUAAAUCAAUCAGAAUUGCAGGAGAAUCACAAGCUUGACAUGGAAGGCAAACAGGAUAGUGAACUGAAUAAUACACCAGAGCAAAAACCAAGAAGAAGAAAACACAGGCCCAAGGUGGUUGUAGAAGGCAAGCCUAAAAGGACUCCUAAACCAAGAACCGAAAAGCAGCCUGGUUCAGUGGAGACAAAAACAGAAAAGAGGAAGUAUGUCCGAAGAAACAAGGUUGGCAGCCCUGCACCCACUUCUGCUGAAGAGGUACACAAUACAAUUGACAAUGGAAAGACUCCUAGUUCCAAAGAAACCCCACCAGCAAAGAGGAAGUACGUCAGAAGAAAUCAAGUUAAGAAGAGCACAGAACAACCCUCUGAAGAGGGGAGCAGUGGAACAACUGAUCAGAAAAAAGUUUCUCCUCCUAGAAAAUCCUGCAGGAAAACGUUGAAUUUUGAAUUUGAAAGACAAGCAAGUGAUGAAAACUCAUCAUACAGGCCCUCAACUUUGGAUUUGCAUGCAAAUCAAACCGAAUCAACUGCACAAUGUGUACAGUCUGCACAACUUGGACAAGGUAUGGAAGCCCCCCAUGAAAAGACAGGAGUGGGAACAACUUAUAACAUCAAAUGUUCCCUGAACCAGGAGCUGAGAAAUUACUUGUCACAGCAUGAAGUGCAGUACCUUGGUUCUCCGUCUCUGGACAAGGUUGGCUGGAAUCAUGAUGAAGUCAUGGUUGGUAAUCAAAAUGAAAGCACAAGAGGAAAUUAUAGAAUCAAUUUUUCAGAUUUAACUCGUGACAAACAGGCAAGCAUACUACAAAUGACACCACAGAGCCUGAAUUGUUCCAACUGUAGCAGCAGCACAUGCUUGCCACAUGGGAAAGGCUUGAAGAGACAGCAUUCGUAUAGAACUAAUGAAGCACAAUUCUACAGCUUAAAUGCCAGAGGAGUGUAUUUCAAUUCCAUGCAGGCUUAUCAAGCAAUCCUUCCAGCAAAUGAACCUGAAGUUUAUAGUAACCUAGGGAUGCAUUGUCCUGCAACUUACAAGAAAAAGAGAACAGAAGAGGGCCACAGCUCAGCAGCAUCUUACAUUAAGCAUUUUACUAGCGAAAUUAACCAUGUGCCUUCAUCGCGGUGCAAUAUCAGUGGUUCCCCUAGCAACAAUUCUUCAACCAAUAUAGCCUACAACAGACUGCAGAACUCCGAUUUUGUGCCAGCAGUUGUGGAAGCAGGGAAGUUAAGGAAGGGGAGAUCAAAAGGCGCAACUCAAGUGCAUGAGUUAGCAUCUGUGCAUGAAAUUUACAAACAAUUUCAGACUUCUACAUCCAAAUACGCAACAAAAUGCAGACUUGGAGAAAGAUACAAGACUUCACAUCUAUCCAAUGCAUGCAUGGAAGCUCCAACUGCGGACACCCGAGCACCAAUGAAGACAAAAAAGCAAUCAAAGAAAAGCACCUUUGUCAGCUCAACAGCUUCCAGCAUGUACAUCCAUCAACAAUUCACAGCAAAUGCAAGGGGUCCCCCACCAGCUUUAACAUGGAGAGGCAUGUCUCCAAUUGAUGAAAUUGCAGAACACUUGCAGCGUCUUGAUUUAAACAGAGAAAGCAGCCAAAUUCAAGGUCAACAUGGAAAUNAAAAAAAAAUGAGGAUAGAGAAUAUGGAUCUAAUACUUUACAGAAUUUCACCACAUACCAACUUUGACACCAUGAGGCAGAAACUAAAUGCUGACCUUGUACACCUAUUAUCAAUCUUAAACACCAUAUUAAAGAAAAAAGAUGUCAGUCACAUGUUUUUAUCCAUUGUAAUAACCAUAACUAUUAUUUAUCUUUUUCUUUUUGUUUUUCUGGGUGAGUCAGGAGACAGGCGCUUCUCACCUUGGAAGGGAUCUGUUGUGGACUCUGUAGUUGGAGUAUUUCUUACACAGAAUGUUUCAGAUCACCUUUCCAGUUCUGCAUUCAUGUCACUCGCUGCUCACUUUCCUCUGAAGACAAAGAGCAGUACUCAGAAGCAUGAAGGGAGAACAGCUGUCAUAAUUGAAGAACCUGAAGUGUGUGCAACAGAUCCCAUUGUUUCUAUCAGAUGGCAUGAAGAUCAAGCAAAUCAGUCAAGUCGAUGUCAGGAUUCCUGGAGAGUCUAUAAUACAGAUUCAAAUGAAGAAAAAACAGCUGUCAACAGCUCUGAAUCAAGUGAAAAUAGCACAGAUUGCAUAAAGUCAGCAGAACAUUCAGUAAUUCUGCAAUCAGAUUCUUCUAGAGAAGGUUCAGAUCUGUAUCAUGAAUCAACACUUAUGGGUUUCAGAGAUAAAAAAGAAUUGAAUGAUUUGCCUUCUUCUCCGAGUUCUGUAGUUUCUUCUGAGAACUCUGCGGUUGUUCAAACUUCAGAAAGAACUGACACAAGCAGCUUUUGCAGCUCCACUUCUUUUUUGAAGCUAUUACAGAUGGCAGGAACUUCAGGAGCACGAGGAACCACGUGCACUGAAUACUUACAAGAAGGUGGAAACUUCCCAGUCCUUCGCAAGGAACGUAGUGCCCUCGAACAACCUGGAUCAUUGGUAGAAUGUGCACAUCCAGAACGGUACACAACACUGAGGAGUGAAACUUAUAUCUCAUGCAAUAACCCUCAAAAUAAGUUGGACACAGAGACAGUUAAUAAUGCAGAAGUCAAUGUCGAACUACAGUUUCAAACUGAAGAUAGAAAUUGCAAUGUACCCCAAGUUCCAGAAGCACCAACCUCUUCAGAAACCAAUAUAGAAGUCACAGAAAGAGCCAGCAUAGUUUUUGAUUCAUGUAAGUAUGAGCAAAGAGCUGUGGAGUCAAACUUGAAAAAUGUCAGUGAUCAUGCUUGUAGCAAAGUAGACAGUGUAAAUGAAAAUCCUUCUAAAGCAAAAAAGGGACAGCUCGGGAAGGAGAAAGAGAACAUUGAUUGGGACAGCUUACGGUUAGAGGCCCAGGCCAACGGCAAGAAAAGAGAAAGGACAGCGAACACAAUGGAUUCACUGGACUGGGAAGCAGUGAGGUGCGCAAAUGUCAAUGAGAUAGCCCACACAAUUAAAGAACGAGGAAUGAACAACAAGCUGGCAGAGAGGAUCAAGAAUUUUCUUAACCGGAUUGUUAGUGAACAUGGAAGCAUUGAUCUUGAAUGGCUGAGAGAUGUUCCACCAGACAAAGCAAAAGAGUAUCUAUUGAGCAUAAGGGGCUUGGGUCUGAAGAGCGUGGAGUGUGUGAGACUUUUAACACUUCACCACCUAGCUUUCCCAGUUGACACAAAUGUAGGGCGUAUUGCUGUUAGGCUAGGGUGGGUGCCCCUGCAGCCGUUGCCCGAGUCACUACAAUUGCAUCUUCUUGAGCUGUACCCAAUACUGGAGUCAAUCCAAAAGUACCUAUGGCCACGUCUCUGCAAGCUUGAUCAAAGAACAUUAUAUGAGCUACAUUACCAUAUGAUCACCUUCGGAAAGGUCUUCUGUACAAAAAGCAAACCCAAUUGCAACGCAUGUCCACUGAGAGGAGAAUGCAGACACUUUGCAAGUGCCUUUGCAAGUGCGAGGCUUGCCCUUCCCGCGCAGGAAGAAAAAAGCAUUGUGUCUGCAACAGAAAACAAAGCCUCUAACAACAAUCCAAGGGAAAAAUUCACUCACCUGCCUCUGCCAUUACCUCCGGGUAAUCAACAACCAGUGGAGCAUCAGAAGUUGAUCAACUCAGCUCCUAUUAUUGAAGUGCCAGCAACACCAGAGCCCAUUGUUGAACUUCCUGCCACACCUGAGCAAGAGCAAAUACAAGCACCAGAAAUUGACAUAGAGGACACUUACUAUGAAGAUCCUUGUGAAAUUCCUACAAUUGAAGUGAAUAUGGCAGAGUUCACUCAAAAUUUAAAGAAGUAUGUCGAAAACAAUAUGGAGCUUCAUCAGGUAGAAAUGUCGAAUGCCUUAGUAGCCUUAACUUCAGAAGCUGCAUCAAUUCCCGUGCCUAAACUUAAGAAUGUCAGCAGGCUGAGAACUGAACAUCAAGUAUAUGAACUUCCAGAUUCUCAUCCACUUUUGGAAGGGUUGGACAAAAGAGAACCAGAUGAUCCUUGCUCCUAUCUUCUUGCUAUUUGGACACCGGGUGAAACAGCAAAUUCUUUUCAACCUCCAGAAACACAGUGCAACUCUCAAGAAUCUGGCAAACUGUGUGAAAAUGAGACAUGUUCCUCAUGCAACAGCAUACGUGAAGCACAUUCUCAGACAGUAAGAGGGACUCUUCUGAUACCAUGUAGAACAGCUAUGAGAGGAAGCUUUCCACUCAAUGGUACCUAUUUUCAGGUCAAUGAGGUGUUCGCAGACCAUGACUCCAGCCUCAACCCAAUUAAUGUCCCAAGGGAUUGGCUGUGGAAUCUCCCACGGCGGACUGUCUACUUUGGAACCUCAAUACCGACGAUAUUCAAAGGAUUAACCACAGAAAGUAUCCAACACUGCUUUUGGAGAGGGUUUGUCUGUGUGCGGGGAUUUGAUCAGAAGACACGAGCACCUCGACCACUGAUGGCACGGUUGCACUUUCCAGCCAGCAAGUUAAACAAGACUAAAGGAAAAACAAAUGAAGACCAUGGAGCAGCACACUGAAUAUAGCUAUCCAGGUAAUCAUGCCAAACAUGCUAACAGCAUUCAAUAUCAUGCAGUUCUAAGCCAGAUGGUGAAAAGAAGAUAGGUAUCUUGUUAACUUAUAAAGUAGAAACGAAAAUGAGAUGAUAAUUUUUUUUUUUGUAAAUAACAGUUAUGAUGUUUCUUUAAAUAGCAACAAUUUAUUGAAUCAGUUUAUUCCCAUUUAGUUCGAUCGUAAGAUAAUGGACUUACAGAGCCCAUUAUCUUACUUUUAA